UGACGCUUAGCGCUAAGAUGCCUGAGCCCACUAAGUCCGCGCCCGCCCCGAAGAAGGGCUCCAAGAAGGCGGUGACCAAGGCGCAGAAGAAGGACGGCAAGAAGCGCAAGCGCAGCCGCAAGGAGAGCUACUCGGUCUACGUGUACAAGGUGCUGAAGCAGGUGCACCCCGACACCGGCAUCUCGUCCAAGGCCAUGGGCAUCAUGAACUCCUUCGUCAACGACAUCUUCGAGCGCAUCGCGGGCGAGGCGUCGCGCCUGGCGCAUUACAACAAGCGCUCGACCAUCACGUCGCGGGAGAUCCAGACGGCCGUGCGCCUGCUGCUGCCCGGCGAGCUGGCCAAGCACGCCGUGUCCGAGGGCACCAAGGCCGUCACCAAGUACACCAGCUCCAAGUAGACUCGCAAGGCAGAGAUGAAUGCAGAGAAGAAAUGAAUGCAAACAAUAACUGAAAGUAUGAAUCAUCCCACAGAAGUUAUGAAAUACGAAAAGUCUGAGCUGCCUGAGAAUAAUUAGUGUUUAUCCCACACAAAUCCAACCCACCCUGCUUUCUGCGCACUGAUUCAUCUUAAGAUCAUCACCUGAGUGGAGGAGACCAAACAAGGUGUUUUAGCUUUCUCGUGUUUUUUUGUUUGUUUGUUCAAUUAUAAAAAUAAAAUUUACGUCUGUUACAAACCUA